GUUGGUGGUGGUGUGGUUCUCUAUAAAGAUACUACAUACUUUCACCUCUGUGCCAAAAUACCUUCCCUUUUCUUCCUCUGAAACUGCUGGAAAAAAAGAAUGGGAAACUGCCAAGCUACUGAUGCAGCCACUCUGGUUCUUCAGCACCCGUGCGGGAAAAUCGAGAGAUUCUGUUGGCCUUUGAGUGCUCGUGAGGUUAUGAAGAUGAACCCCGGUCACUAUGUUGCUCUGCUUAUAUCCACCACCUUCUAUCAUUCCAAUCCUCGUAACAAUAAUGAUAAAACUUCACGGUCACAACAGACGGAUGUCAGCCCUGUUCGCUUGACCAGGAUUAAGCUUCUUCGACCGACGGAUACUCUUCUUCUCGGUCAUGUUUACAGGCUCAUUACCACUCAAGAGGUUAUGAAGGGAUUGAAUGCGAAGAAACAUGCAAAGACGAAGAAGAACCAAGACUAUGCGGCCGAGAAACCAUAUGAGAAGGCUGCUGGUCAGAGAUCUGAACCGGAAAGACAACGAUCGAGGUCGAACUCUGUGGCCAGAUCAAAGACAUGGCAGCCUUCAUUACAGAGCAUCACCGAGCCUACAAGCUGAAGAUAUUUUUCAUGUUUUUUUUUUUGCCACAUUAAAUUGCUGCACAAGAGACAUAAAAGAACCCCCAAGCUUCUUUUUUUAACAUGUAAAAAAACCAAUACAUGCAGUUUCUCUCACUGUAGGAUCCAUAUGUAGUCUAGCAAAACCCAGAAAAACCUCACCUUUCUUCAACCUGCAGAUCUGAGCUACAUGCAUAAUUGAUUGUACAUCCAAAAGAAAAAGGAAAAAACCCGACUGAGUUGUAAUUUCCAGUAAUGUUUUGCAA